CAGCUCAAUUGUUUCAUAUCAGAAAUAAAACGAAUCUCUUCGUCCUUCUCUAUAAACCCUACGAGCCAGAGAUAUGCGUAUCGAUUCUUCACGUCACCAUCGGAGCUCUGGGCAGUAAUAUUAUUGCUUGAACCGGUAAUGGUGGGAAUCAUGGUUUCGUAUUCAAGAGAAACGCUGGAAGGUCUCGCGAGUUCCGCCAAAUCAGCCACGGAAUUGGCUCCGAAGCUGCACUGCUUGCGCAAUUUGCGCCGGGAUUUGCAAAAAGAAGCCUCCGUUUUCCCCACCGAGCUUCUUCCUCUCCUUUUCGAUCUUCUCUCAGAUCAAUUCGGUGCUGUCCGCAAGUUUGUCGCUGAGGUACUUGGUGAAAUUGGCUUGAAAUAUGUGGAAUUAUUACCUGAAAUAGUGCCCCUUUUAAUUAAGUCCCACAAAGAUGAGACACCAGCUGUGGCGAGGCAGGUCAUCGUUUGUGGAACUGAUUUAUUCCGUUCCACCCUUGAAAGAGUCGCGGUUCAGGGUUUGCAUUCUAGUGAGUUGGAUGAGCUUCUUGAAUCUUCGUGGACAUGGAUGAUUAAGUUUAAGGAUGAAAUCUGCUCACUGGCUUUCAAGCAAGGAAACAGUGGUGUAAAAUUAUGCGCUAUGAAAUUUGUGGAAGCGCUUAUUCUUUUGUAUACACCUGACCCUAGUGGGUCUUUGGAGCCUCCUUCUCAUGAAGGAAUUCAAGCAGAUUUUAAUAUAUCUAUGCUACGUGGGGGGCAUCCUGUUUUGAAUAUCGGAGACUUGUCGAUUGAGGCCAGCCAGAAGUUGGGUUUACUGCUUGAUCAGCUUAGGCACCCUGCAGCAAAAUCUCUAAAUAGCUCGACGAUUAUUGUUCUCAUCAAUAGUCUUUCAGCAGUUGCAAAGAAACGUCCUGCAUAUUGUGGACGAAUUCUGCCUGUUCUACUAAGCUUGGAUCCCCUAAGCUUUCUCAAUGGAGUGCAUGCUGCAGCUGCAAAUCUUGCGCUGAAGACUGUAUUUCUUUCGUGCUUGAAAUGUACACACCCCGCUGCUGCACCGUGGAAGGACCGGUUGAUCGGUGCUCUGAAGGAGAUAGAAGGUGGCGGUCGGACAGACAAAGCUGAAGAUCUGUUUUACAAGACUAACGGAAGCAUUCAGGACAAAGACAGUGUAGAGGAUACCAAGUUUCAGGUACCAUUGGAAGAGAAUCCUCUCUGUGUGAGUUCUUUAGUCGCGGAAAGUACAUUUGGUAGGAAAAGAUCUGGAUCAGAAUACAAUAUUGAUGGGAAUGGAGAUGCUUUGAGUGGAAAACGUGCAAGAAUAAUACCUUCUGUGUCAGGAGAAUCUACAGAAGGAUUAAAUGGUAAUGAUGUUGGCUCUCUACCUCUGGUUGCUUCUACUUCAGCUGGACCAAAUAAGAGCAGAGUAGUGAGUGAUACUGGACCUGUUCAGCAACUGGUUGCUAUGUUCGGAGCCUUGGUUGCUCAGGGUGAAAAAGCAAUAGGAUCUUUAGAGAUUCUUAUUUCAAGUAUUUCUGCGGAUUUGCUGGCCGAUGUUGUGAUGGCUAAUAUGCAAAAUAUCCCCCCAGAUGACACUUCUUAUGCUGAUGGCACCGAUGACUUGGUGAUGAACAUGUGUAUAGUUGGCAGUGAUGCACAAAUUAAAUAUCCACCAUCAUUUUUGGCUGGUGUUCUUUCACUAUCAACUGCAUUCCCACCGAUUUCUGCCCUGAUAAAUCGUAACAUACCAAAAAAGGAAAAUGCAGGUGAAGAACUCUGUGCUGAUCAUGUGGACCAGCAGAUGUUUUCAGCUGAAGAUGCGGUUCUUGCAAGUGGCUUACCAGCUUCUUCUGAUACGUUUCCAGUAAAUGAAGAGGGCAAUAUUGUAUUUCCACCAAAUGUGCAUUACAGAGGGAAUAUAGAAGGUGGUAUACCUGGAAUGGAUUCUUCAGCUCAAAAUGAUGUGUUAUUAGAAGCCUCUGUUACUUCUGUAUUGGGUUCAACAAAUGUGGAGGCUGCAAGCAUGAAUCAAGAUGCCAGUUUCAGUGGAGAACCUCUUCUCGCUGUGAUUCCCUCAGUGUCUGUAGAUAAGUCUGAGGAAUUUAGUCCAAAGACGACUGGCACAGGUUGUAACAGCUUGGUUUCCUCAACGGCAACAUCACUUGUUUCUGCGCCUCAGUUUGUCUUGCCUAAGAUAUCAGCACCUGUUGUCGACCUUUCUGAUGAAGAAAAAGACAAUCUGCAGAAGCUGGUGUUUUUGCGAAUUGUUGAAGCAUAUAAGCAAAUAUCAAUGUCUGGUGGUUCACAACUUCGCUUUUCUCUUCUUGCUCAAUUGGGAAUUGAGUUUCCUUCAGAGUUAGACCCUUGGAAAAUAUUACAGGAGCACAUUCUCUCGGAUUAUUUGAGCCAUGAGGGACAUGAGUUGACUGUGCGGGUUCUUUACAGGCUAUACGGGGAGGCAGAAGCAGAACAAGAUUUCUUCUCGUCAACUACUGCUGCGUCUGCAUAUGAAACUUUCUUGCUGACUGUGGCUGAAGCACUUAGAGAUUCCUUUCCACCGUCUGACAAAUCUUUAAGUAAAUUGCUUGGAGAUUCUCCAUUUCUGCCGAAAUCAGUUCUGAAGUUGCUGGAAUCGUUUUGCUGUCCUGGAAGUUGUGACAAGGUUGAAAAGGAUUUACAAAAUGGAGACCGUGUUACUCAAGGUCUCAGUGCUGUUUGGAGUCUGAUUUUAACGAGACCUGGAAUCCGGAAUGACUGCCUGGAGAUUGCUUUGCAGAGUGCUGUUCAUCACUUGGAAGAGAUUCGCAUGAAAGCAAUCCGCCUGGUGGCAAACAAGCUCUAUUCUUUAUCCUUUAUUACACAACAGAUUGAGGAAUUUGCGAAAGACAAGCUAUUUUCCGUUGUGGGUUGCAUUUCUUCAGAGCGAGGAGAUGGUGAAACAUUGAUUGAUGAUUGUAAAAAGAAGGAUCUUGAUAUGGAAAAUCCACCAAAGAAAUCUCAGUCGGUGAGUGGUGUGGGCAUGGAUACGUCCUCCGAAGCAAGAUCAUCAACUUCAGUUGCUGAAGCCCAACGCUGCUUGUCGCUCUAUUUUGCUCUCUGUACAAAGAAGCACGCCCUUUUUGUCCAUGUGUUCAGCAUUUACAAAGAUGCAUCAGAUCCUGUUAAGCAGGCUAUUCAUCGUCAAAUCCCAAUUCUAGUUCGUACUAUGGGCUCAUCCUCUGAGCUUCUUAAAAUAAUAGCAGACCCACCGAGUGGGAGUGAAAAUCUUCUACUGCAGGUUCUUCAAACUCUUACCGAGGGGCCCAUGCCUUCUUCAGAAUUGAUACAUACUAUACGAAAGUUGUUUGAUACAAGAAUAAAGGAUGUAGAAAUCAUUUUCCCAAUUUUGCCAUUCCUGCCAAGAGACGAUGUUCUACGCAUUUUUCCUCAUCUGGUGAAUCUUCCUACGGAGAAAUUCCAAGUUGCACUGUCUCGUGUCCUGCAGGGAUCAUCUCAGUCUGGCCCAGUGCUUUCUCCAUCUGAAGUUUUAAUUGCUAUCCACAGCAUUGACCCAGCGAGAGAUGGAAUACCACUUAAACAGGUCACAGAUGCAUGCAAUACCUGUUUCGCACAGAGGCAGAUAUUCACUCAACAGGUUUUAGCCGGCGUUCUGAAUCAACUGGUCCAGCAAAUUCCACUCCCAAUGUUAUUUAUGCGUACAGUUUUACAAGCUAUCGGUGCUUUUCCAGCUCUGUCGGACUUCAUCCUGGAGAUCCUUUCUCGUCUCGUUAGCAAACAGAUAUGGAAAGAUCCGAAACUGUGGGUAGGAUUUUUGAAAUGUGCACAGUCAACACAGCCUCAAUCAUACAAGGUCUUACUACAGCUUCCUCCACCUCAGCUGGGAAAUGCAUUGACUAAAAUCUCGGCCUUAAGAGCUCCACUAACCGCACAUGCGAGCCAGCCAGAGAUCCGGUCUUCACUUCCAAGAUCUACAUUGGCUGUUCUCGGACUUGUCCCUGAUUCUCAGGGAACACAGACGAGUCAAGUGCAAGCGAGUGAGACACAAACGAGUCAGGGACAGCAGCAAGCAAGCGAGUCACAGCAAACGAGCCAGUCUCAGCAGGUUUCUGUACCAUUGAGUCACUCUGAGACAGACCACCAGGAAACCAGUCAAGUGGUUGCCACUCAGUCUCAAAGCAGUCCUAUUGGUACGGGCAUGUCUGAAACGAGUCAGUCUCAAAGCAGUCCCGUUGGUGCGGGCCAGUCUGAAUUGAGUCAAGACACCCAAGUGUCGGACUCGAAUCCUCCAGCAACAACGAGCCAUACCCAAACAUCAGAUUCUCAAUCGUCAAACCAGACACAUGCUGAUGAUGAGAAGAUAGACGACACGGCAGCCUCUGAAAACGAGACGAUGGAGGUUGAGAAAUCAAAGGAAUCUUCUGCAGAAGAAGAAGAGUGAGUGCACCUUUCUGUGACGAAUUUUAAUCGGAAAAAAACAAUUGGACUCCAGAGAGGAGGAGAAGAUUCAGAUUCAGAAAUUCGGUCAUCAUCAGUCAGGGGAGAAGCUUACAUGUAUUGUAGCAAUUUUUUUUUCUUCUUAAAGUUAGAUUACUUACUUGGAAUGAAUUUUGUAGAUUUGAUUAAAGGUAUGUUUUUAGACGCACUGUGUCAUUAGCGAUUGUAAUAUUUUCUUGAAUCAAGACUAAUAAAACUAAAGAAAAGUUCCACCGA